AUGAAUGUGGAUGAUUCUAGCUCCAGUGAUUCAGAGGAAGAAUCUAAAGAAAAAGCUGAUAAAACCCCUCCUUUAGAAAGUAAACCAGAGUUUAAUGCUGUCAUCGUUCCUACAAUUAACAUUCAGGAUGAACGCAUUGUUGACUUAACUACAACUCCUGCAUUUCAGUGUUUAGAUGAGUUGUUUACUGCUGGAAAACUACCGGGGACCAGGGUGUCCGAAUUGAAAGCAAAGUAUACUUUACUGCAUGAAAUGGUGAUAAGCACCCAAGAGUCUGAGCUCCAAUUAUUGGAUGAUGCCAAAAAAUUCACCGUGGAAAUAGAAAAGCUACAAAAAAACUUGGAGGAAGCCGACAAGUUUCCAGAGGGAGUUCGAACAGAGGUCUCCAAGAUGAGAGAACAACUUCUCAAGUAUCAAAAUGAACUUAAUGCAGCAAAAGAAAGAGAGUUCCAAAUGCAGUAUAAGUUGAAUAGCUUAAAAGAAGAAAAAUUACUUGUACAAAGGGAAUUUGAGAAGAUACCUAAACCUGGAGAAUUGGAGAAGAAGAUGAAAGCAUUGAAAGAAAGCAGUGAUGAAUUGCGUAAAGAAGUAAUACAAAAGAAGAUGGAAAUUAAAAAUUUACGGGAAGAUGUGCAAAGCAAGCAGAAACAGUCAGUAAAGGACAAGAAAGACCUAGAUGAAUUAUUAGAACAAGAAGAUAACUUAAAGGAUGAAGUGGUCCGCCAUCAAACCGUCCCUUUGCAAAUUGGAAAAGAAAAAGAGAAACUAUUGCGAAAAAUACAAGAUCUAGAGAAGAAAAGAGCAGUUAUACAGGAGCAAUUAGAUGAAGUAAGUGAAACACUCAAAAAAGCAGAAGCCAAAGUUAAUAGUAUAUUGACAGAGAAAGAGGAAGUGGUAAAAGAAGUAGAAGGAAAGAGAGCUCUACUUGAAAUCAAAGAAAGAGAAUUCAAGCAACUGUCAAAAUUAUUGGAAAUAAACAAAGAGAAUGAAGCCAAUUUAAUGACUGAAAGAGGGAUCACGGAUCUCAGUUUGCAGAACUGCCUCAUGGACAAGCAUGGUUACCAUGAUGAGGUCACUCGGAAGCAGAGAGAGAAAGAUCGAGAUAUCAGGAAUUUAAAGAAGAUGGAGCUGCUCUUGAAAGUGAGCAAUGAUUCACUGAGUCAGAUUCAAUCCCUGCAUCAGCGACUCACAUUUGAGAUGGACAGCAUUCCUAAAGAUGAUUCACUAGUUGUGGAGAGGAGAAGAGACCUCCAAAAAGAGGUUGAAUUAGCUAAAAGGAAUUUAGCCCAGCAGAAAGUCCUAACAGAAGUGGAAUCUCGAUUAGUAGAGCAAAUCAUUACAGAGGAAGGCAAGCUUUAUAAGGAUACGGAAUACUUCCGAGAACAGUUAAACAAUCUUAACCGUCUGUACCAAAUCAAAACAGAAGAGAAAGAAAAGAAAGCCAAAGAUUACGUAAAAGCUCAGCAAAGGCUUGCCAGGAUAUUGAAAGAAAUUAAAAUAAAGGAUAUUGAACUCAGGAUAUAUAAGAAGAAAAAAAUUGAAACACGUAAGAGACUAAAGGAUUUUUCCAAAUUGUAUGACAUCAUCCGAAAUGAAAGGAACAAAUUUGUUAACAUGCUUCACCAUACUCACCAGAGAGUAUAUGAAAUAAAAGAAAAACUCAAAAUGGCAAUAAUGGAGAUGGAAAUUUUAAGGAACAGUUCAGCAAUUCAAGACAGAAAACUACAGAAUUUUCUACUGAAACGUUCUAACAAUCUUACAAUCAAAGAGAGCAUGGAAAAUGAUGUGUGCAAAGUUAUCACAUUACUUCAGGAAAGAAGAGAGAAGAGAGAAGAACAAUUAACUAGUAUUGACAGACUUGCCAACGUGGUCACAUCUAUUGAGGAAGAAAUGGUACAGCUCCGGAAAAAAUAUGAGAAAGCUGUUAAUAGUCGAAAUGAAAGUGGUGUUAUGCUGAUUGAACGAGAGGAAGAGGUGUGCAUUUUCUAUGAGAAAAUAAACAUUCAAGAAAUGAUGACAAGAAAGGGAGAUAUUGAGUUGCAUAUAUUGGAAGAAAAACUCAGAUUUCUGAGGAUAAAGAUUGCUGAGAGGCAAAGACAGAUUUAUCUUUCCCGAAAAUUGUUGCCACUGAAGAGAUCUUUGGACAUGGAUAUGGCGGUCCUCCAGAUUCAGUUCUCACAGUGUACAGAUAGAAUACACUUCUUGGAGGAUCAAUUUAUAAAUCCUAGUGGAAAGAACAGAGCUCGCUUCCUGAAAGGACUGGAUAUGACUUCGCAGGAAAUGGCCCAAAAGAUAGAUGAGCUGGAAUUCCAUCUAGCAGAGAGAGAGGAGAAGUUGCUGGAGAAGGAUUUCCUCUUUGAGCAGGUCACCCGGCUUACAGACAGACUCCGUGCUAAAACUCAGACCUGCAAGCAGGAUACACUUCUUUUGGCCAAAAAGGCAUGA